GAGAGAGAGAGAGAGAGAGAGAGAGAGAGAGAGAGAGAGUGAAAGAGAAAGAGAGAGAGGCAUUCAAUGAGUUUUGAGCUACCAUAGGGACAGUCUCAUCAAAAGGAAACCGGACUUCCUUGGGGGAAAAUGGCCAAACCUUCAUCCAACGUCAAAGCCCUUCAGGCUAACCUGAACAUCCCGAUGGGAGCUCUACGUCCGGGGGCGGGACAUCCUGUAAAGAGGAGAGAGGAGACAGUAGACGCAGAAGAGGCACCGCCGCCGAACCUGCCCCAGGCCACGCCCACGACACCUGACGAGAAGAAGACGUUACCGGGAGCCGUGAAGCUGCCCGGCCCCGCGGUCAACCUGUCUGAGCUACAGAACGUGAAGAGCGAACUGCGACUCGUCACCAAGGAAUAAGGACUCGUCCCCCCCUAGCGGUGGAACAAAAAACCUCACCCACUUGAUGACCGAAGAACAUAACACUACCAGUCAAUUCUCUAGCAGGACAAAAAACUGUUUAUAAUUUUUGACAACGAAACAAUUCAGUGUCAGCAGUCCAGAACUUUCUCUCAGCUGGCCAAGCGCCGAAUCGACCCGGAAUAACUACAAAUAACCAAUGUUGAAACAAGCCGUGAGCCGCUGUAAAACAUUAAAGCAAACAACUUCACGGUUUGAUCGGUCGGUUCUUUUCUUGGACCCCUGUCAAAACGUUUAGGAUGGAUGGUUAUUUAAUAGCUUGCCAUAUUGCAAUGCUUGACAGGAAUUAUAUUAUUAUUUCCAUUUUGUUUUAGGAAAAGUUUUUACGGUUGAAAAUGUUUGCGUUGUCAAAACACGAUAAGGUCAAAAGUUCCCUAUUAGCAGCUUUUUAUGCCGUACGCAAGCAAACAGUUCAGAAUAAUAAUUUUUUUUUGUUGGGAUUUUUCUUUCCUUAACACUGUGGCAAUCUUGUUUUAUUCUGUGUGUGUUUACAGGGAAAACCUUAAACUUAAACAAAAAAACAGUGUGACAAUGUAGGAGUAUAACGCGUUUGAUUCUUUCAGUGUAGAGUACUAUCUUGUAAAAUUCUCUUUUGUCAUAAGCAAUAAUAUAUUUAUUCAUUGAACCCAAUUCUCUGUAAGCAUCCUGUUCAGUUCACGACAGCUAGUAGCACUGUGAUGACCGAGAGAAUCUGGUAACGGUCUUAUGUAGAAACCCAAAUUCAAAUCAUGCUGCCCAUUCUCACUUCUAAAGGGUAUUUUCGUUCUUUCCAGCAUCCAUUUAUCCAUUUUAUUCAAAACGUUUCUGAUAAAUUUUUAAAUUCUGCCGUUUUCGGCUGCGUUUGAUAGUCCCGCUGGUUUCAUUCCAUCCACGAGUUUAGGCUUAGAGCUGUUCUUCCACAAGUCCGGAAUUUAAACUGUAAAAAGUUGCAAUAAAUUAUUUCUUGGUUGUACAAAGAAAGUCUUUUUGUCAUGU